AUGUUUUCUUGUAAAAGUAUUGCCAAGUUUGCAGUAUUGACACCUAUCGUUGUUAUCCUUUUGACUAUUGGCUGGUAUCAGCAGGCCAUUGAACACAGCAAUAUACCAGAAAAUACACUGCCUGUUGAUCAACCCAGUGAAACAUACAUUAUUGCCGGUUACUUUGUAAACUGGGGGAUCUAUGAGCGUAAACACUAUGUAGUUGAUCUUCAAGCCAAAAAGUUGUCUCAUAUUCUUUAUGCUUUUGCUAAUGUCAAUACAGAUGGCAGUGUUAUUCUUGGAGAUCCAUGGGCUGAUACAGAUAUCAAAUUCCAAAAGGACAAAACAGUAGAUGGUGUACUAGACCCUUGGAAAGAAAAUGACAAAGAUCUGCAUGGUAAUCUUAAGCAAUUCUCUCUUCUCAAACAACAAAAUCGUCACCUUAAAGUCUCCUUAAGUAUUGGUGGAUACUCUUGGAGUGGCAAUUUCUCUACUUUGGCAGCUAUUCCAGAAUCCCGAGCUAUGUUUACAAAAACAGCAAUUUCACACUUGCAAAACCUUGGUCUUGAUGGAAUUGAUAUUGAUUGGGAGUUCCCUAAGAAUGCAAAGGAUUCAGAAAACUACGUCUUAUUGUUGAAGGAUCUUCGUGCUGCAUUAGAUGAAUAUCAAGCAAAAGUUGAUCCAACAAAAGAACCCUUCUUGUUAUCUGUUGCCAUGCCAUGUGGGCCAGAGAAUUACCGUAUUUUGAAGCUAGGUGAAAUGGCCAAGUAUGUUGAUAUUUUCUAUUUAAUGGCGUAUGAUUUUGCAGGCGAAUGGGAUGAAUUGACAGGUCAUCAAUCCAAUCUAUAUGGUGGCCCAUUAAAUGUUGAUCAAGCAGUUAGAGAUUAUGAAAAAGCAGGUGUUCCAUCCAAGAAACUAGUGAUGGGUAUGCCCGCUUAUGGCAGAGGCUUCUCGAACACAGCUUCAAAACCUGGCUCGACAUACAAAGGUGUUCCUGAUGGCUCUUGGGAUAGAGGAUCGUUUGACUAUAAAGAUUUACCCCGAGAAGGUGCUAAGGAGUACAUAGAUGAAGAAAAGAUUGCUUCGUGGUCUUAUAGCAAAAAGACUCGAGAGUUCAUUACUUAUGAUACACCUGCUGUUGUAAAAGCAAAAUGCGAUUACAUUAAAGAACGCCAGUUAGGUGGUGCUAUGUUUUGGGAAUUGUCAGCAGAUAUCAAUGGUGAUGACCCAAGAAGUCUAGUACAUACAGCCUACCAAAGUCUUGGUGAUAGGUUAAAUGAUACACCUAACCAUAUCCUAUUCCCUCUUUCUCAUUACAAUAAUAUUCCUCACUCUGAAUAAAGAAAAAGUUUUUUUUA